AUGCAGUCUAUGGCAUACCAUCCGGACAGUAGAGCUCAAGUCUCGUUGUCUAGUCUAACCAAGAUGUCCAUGUUUCAAGGGAGAUCAAGCUCUCCUGUGAAGGGAUCCAUAUCGACCAAUUUUUGUGAGAAGUGCAAGACCAAGACGAUGGGCAAGCUUCAAUUCCCAUGCGGACGGGUGGUGAUUCUUUGCGAGAAAUGCGCAUUGAGCUUCUUUGAUGUUUUGGUUUUGAAAUCGUCUGCAAAGAAGGUGGUUUGGGACACGUCGGGUGGCUCGCAAAGGAGCUCGAUGAAAGUGACGGAGGAGGGGGGUGCCGCAGCUGCAGGUCAAGCGAGCUUCAAUUGGCUGCGACAGAAACAGCAGGAGGGAGAGAUUAAGCUGCCGGACAACCUGAAAAGCUCGUACCAGAAGAACCUCUCCUCCACCAUCUAUCCCUCCAAGGGGAGAAGGCAAGCGACUCUCGUCUGCAGCAUCGGUGUGACCAUAGCGACUUGCUGCAGUCAACUCGCAGGCAUCGGCAGACGAGACGGGCCCCAAGGCUCGAGAGAUACUCUCAUUCCAGCUCACCUGGCUCGAGUUCGAAAGAAGACAAUCAAGAUACGGGUUGAAACUUUCACUUUCAACCGAUCAAACUCAUUCCAAGGAACCCUUGGUGCAGUCGUCUUAUCUGCUAAGACUUCACUGAGUGACAUGCAGCAAACGGGAAGAAGUGCGGACAGAGACAGAAAACCCGGUGCUACAGGCAGCAUGGGGAUGAAAUCCAAGGAGGCGAGACGAUCAUCGGCAAUCACUACAAGCAGCAAGGGGCUAAGCACUUCCAACGCCUUCCCCUCCAUCUUUAAAGGCACAAGCUCUCCUCUGAAGAACCUCAGGGUCUGA